AUGUUCGCCCCCUCCGCGGCGCCCGCAGGGAUGAGCGAUGGAGCGGCCGAGCCCGAUGGGAGCCCCGUGCUGCGGACCGAGCCCCCGGCGGCCGGGGGGGGCCGGGAGAAGGCAGCCCCGGCCCGGCCGGAGCUGGAGAGCGCCCUGCGCCUCAAGGACAUCCCGGGAACGUCGUCGGUCAGCGCCGGCUGCUCCAAGGAGCGUGCCCCGGACAGCGAGAGCGCGGCGGGGAGCGGAGAGGCGGAUUCCUGCCGCCGCAUCCUGGUGCGAGAUGCCAAAGGGACCAUCCGGGAGAUCGUGCUUCCCAAGGGCCUGGACCUGGACCGGCCCAAGCGGACACGGACAUCCUUCACUGCGGAGCAGCUCUACCGCCUGGAGCUGGAAUUCCAGCGCUGCCAGUAUGUGGUGGGACGGGAGCGCACGGAGCUGGCGCGGCAGCUUAACCUGUCUGAGACACAGGUGAAGGUCUGGUUCCAGAACCGCCGCACGAAGCAGAAGAAGGACCAGAACCGGGAUGCAGAGAAGCGCUCCGCGACCACCUCCGAGUCCUUCGCUACCUGCAGCCUCCUGCGCCUGCUGGAGCAGAGCCGGCUCCUGCCCGGCCCGGCCCCCCCCGGCCUCCUGUCUCCCCCGUCCCAUCCCAUCGCCAGCCCUGCGGGGCUGCCCACACCGGGACCCGCAUCCCCGGGGCUCAGCGGCCGGAGCAGCCCCGGAGCCUUCAGCCUCCAGCUCCCGGUCCUCGCCUCCUCCUCCUCCUCGUCCCCGUCCUCGCCCUCGCCCCGGCUGCCGAGCUCCGUGCUCGGCUUCGGGCCCUCGAUGCUGGGGGGCCCCCACGACCCCCCCGGACCCUGCGGACUGAGCAGCUCCGCGUUCGAGCCCUACACGCGUGUGGGGAGGAAGGACAAUGGCAGAGGCAGCGCGGAGCAGAGCCCUUGA